UAUGGCAGGAGGAUUAGAAAGAGUAUAUGGAACCGAAGAAGACAAGGUUAUCAAUACAUCUUAUAAUAUAGGUUAAUUGUUCAUUCUAUAUCAAAAUUGGUGCCUGUAGAUAUGAAAAUAAAUGCUAAAGAAUCCACAGCAUACCUCCCAUUUCUUAAACAAUAUUAUUUAAAGUAAUAAUUCAUACAUGAAAUUUAAAGCAUAUGUACCAAAAUUCUCCUAUAGAAGUUGCAAUAGCAUCUGGAAAUGCAGUGUCUUAGGCAGGUAUAGAGGAAGCAUUAGAAAAAUUCGAAAACUUUUAUGAAGAUGUAUUUUUAAAGGUAUGGUAUAGAUUUAUAUAUGUAUAACAGUUGGCUGAAUUUGGAGAGAUUGAAGAUCUAAUAGUAUGUGAAAACAUAGGUGAUCAUUUAGUUGGCAAUGUGUAUGUGAAAUAUACAUCUGAAUAUUAUGCCGAAGGUUGUUUUAAUGCUUUACAAAAUCUAUCGUAUGAAAACAGACCAUUAUCAAUGGAAUAUUCACCUGUACUUGAUUUCAGCAGUGCUAAAUGUAAACAAUACAUUGAUGGUACAUGUCAAAGGUAUAAAAUUACAUAUUUAUUUAGAGGUGGAGCUUGUAAUUACUUACAUCUUAAGAAAAUAUCAACAAAAUUCAAGAAAAGUUUAUUCAAUUAAAUGUUUGAAGAACAUCCUGAUUACAAAGAAAAAAAAGAAAAAGAAAUUAAUGAGUAUUAUCAUUUAAAUUACUAUUUAUUAGAAAAAGUCCAAAAAAACAUAAAAAGAAGGAAAAGAAAUCUAAAAAGAAGAAGAGUAGCAGUAGUAGAGAAUCAAGCAGAAGAAACUCUAUUGAAAGAUAAAAAAUGAUUAAUGAUUGGAAUGAAACAGGAAUUUAAAAUGUAAUAUAAUUAUAAUAUAUAUUAGGUAUCUUAAGCAUAAAAAAUGAUGUAUGGAAAUAAUAUGCCAGCUCCAGUUUAUACACCUAAAGUUUCUAUGAGAACAAGUCCAGAGUUAUUACAAUUAUAAUUACAAUUAGCUGCAUUAAAAGAGUAAUUAAAUGCUAUUAAAAUGAGCUGA